CUUCGGUUUUUCAUUUUAGUAUCCCUUACUUCUUAUUAAAACAAAAUUAUGCCUCGAGAAUCAACUUUCACAACAUUGUUGAAAACUGCUAACAGAGCUGAGCUCAUUAUGAGAACUUGAGACUAAGGUUAUUGGAGUAAGGAGGGUGAAGGGUACCAGUAGAAAUAACUUUGGUGCGCUGAACAGAGGAAUACUGCAAUCAAUUCGAUGAGAAACUCGAACAAAAUAAAAACGUUUUCAAAAUCGUACUGUUCUGCUUGGGCAAAAAAUUGAGAAAUUUUUUGUUCGGUUAGAAAAAUUGCAAAAUUACGAAUUACAAUAGGCAGUCGGAUUGCAGUAUCACAAAUACGUACAUUUUUUUCCCCUUCUCGAAGCAAAUAUUCAUUUCAACGAUGAUGCCACUGCUUCAUAACAAUGAAGUGUUAGUUGCUCAAAAAACUGAUUUCAAAUGAAAUCAUCUACUUUCAAACGUAAGAAUUAAUAAAUAAUAAGUUAGUAGCACGAGUACGAGAAUGUACGAAGUUCACAAUUUUUAUUUUCAUCGCGUUGAUCGUCAUAAGAUGUCAUCGUUGGGUUCGUCAUUUUACAAAACUAUUUGCAUAGAAGAGCAAAAGAAAUAGUUCAAAAAAAAUGCGAAGAAUACGUGAAGUUUGCUUGCGACCUUCAGCAACCGAAGACAGAGGGAAAAUUGAGUGGUAUAGUGGCCGGAGAAGACGCUUCUGUUGGCGUAUUCCCUCACAUGGCUUCUCUGAUCAUUAUUCCGAAGAAUGAUCCGAAUUGGGAAACCAAUUCUGGUAUAUGCGGUGGCAGUUUAAUCAGUGAAUAUUUUGUGUUGAGUGCAGCUCAUUGCGUAAGCAAAGUUGGAGAUCUGGUGGUACCAGUGAAAUUGGGUAGCGUGAUCACGGCCGUUUUUUUAAACGAUUCUACCGGUGAAUUAUUCAGUGCACGAGAUAUUUUCAUUCACCCUACAUACGUUAGCAGCGGUGGUAACCCUUGGUACGAUAUUAUGCUGUUAAAACUGAAUCGAAAAGUGGAAUUCAAUUUGAACAUGAGACCGAUAUGUUUGAACUCAAUAUUUAACGCAGACAAUUACAGCAGCGUUAUUGUGGCAGGAUGGGGCCUUACUGAAAUAAGUAAAACAUCGAAUGCAAAGCAUCUCCAGUACGCCGAAUUACGCACCGAUGGAGAAAUUAUUAAAACACGAUGCGCCCAAUGGUAUUCAAAAUCGCGUGUACCACCAUCGGGACAACGAUUAUUGAUGUGCGCUGGAAGCCCGACAACAAUAAAAACCCCAAACUAUGGUGAUUCUGGGGGACCGACGAUGAUACCUUUGAAUGAUAAAUGUUCGAACGUAUACGAACAAAUUGCAAUUAUUACAGGUAUAGAUAACAAUACGGAGGUUGGAAAUAUAGCACAGCUUAGCUUUCAUCUUGUAUUAGAACCGUUUAUUUAUUGGAUUGCGAGUACUGUUUGGGAAGAUGAAUUUUAAAGUAAUGGAUUAUCAAAACCUAUGCAUUCGAGUAUUUGGCCAAUAGGUCAAUUCAAAUGACUGAGCCUGUCGAAAAAUGAAAAAUUAAUUGAGGAGGAUUCGAUUUCACUCAAUUUUCAACUGAAAUCAAUACGACUAUAAUUGUACCGCAGAUCAUGGCUUUGUUAUUACACGAUUUGCUAUGUAGUUACAAUGUACAUUAUAUGUAAUUUUCUCGCCUCAAAGUCAUAAUCAUGUUAUGGAGAUUUUUUUUUGUAAUGGUCGAUUAUUUGUAAAUACAAAAACAACAUUUGGCACAUUAAUUGUCUCAAUGUUUAGAAAAAAUAACCUCGACACUACAUAAAUUAAAUUCCUGGAUCUUCUUUCGAAAAUUUAAUUCAUAUGUCCCCCUCUCCCCCAGUAUCCCUCACAAAAUAGGCAUCCAAACAAGAGAAUCAAUAGAGCAUUCUAAAAUACACCACUAGACAAAAUUUCAGAUGCUUAAAUUGUUUUUCCGAUAUUUGAGGAAUUUUUGAAAAAAAUGGGGAAAAAUCAAAAUUCCACGAAAUUGAGCCAGAAAGCUGAAAUUUGGUUUGUAUGCUAUUUUCGACCUCUCGAGUCGAUUGGUAGUGGUUUCAAACCGUUAUGGAGCCUCCAGCAGAUUUUUGGAUUCUCCAGUUUUGGGAAAACAGCACCUAUAAACUCACAAGGGAACCUCUCUUGAGGUGUCACACUCCGAUUUGAACGGGACCGCGAUUUUUGGAAAGAGCAUAGUCUAAAACCCCCCAAACCAAAUUUUCAACUGCCCAAGUUCAUUUUUCGA